AUGCAUAUGACUUCAGCAGCCGGCGGUCCGGCUCUGACUAUGCUGGCAGAAAGAUAUACGCAUCCAACAGGAAAGGAACACAAGGUCAUAUCAUAUACAGGAUUGUCUGGCAUGACACCACUCGUAUCGCCGUCAAGCCCCACGAUCAGAAGUCGAAAAAAGCAUGCACAACUUGAUGGCUACCAAAGACGUCGAUUUCAGGCAAUAUCAACGAAGGAGCUCGAGUCUAUGGGUGCUUUUGCCCCCCGUUUUUUCGAUUUUCUGUACGCUGUUAACAUUCCGAUUAACCCCCUCUUCCAUCGCGACAAAUGGGACUAUUCGUUGUCGAAUGCUGCUCCUUCUUAUCGCUUGCCGGGUGGCCUGGCAGGGUACUGGGAGGCUCAAAACGAUCUGGUUUGGCAGAUGAUCCAAGAGCCACUGAAGCUAGCUAGUUGCUUUCUGGAGAAUCUCAAUGUCAUCCCUUGGUCGAUUAUACUUCUCAAUGGGGAUUACACGUCCAUAGAAAACGGCAUUCCGGAUGUGUGGAAAGGUGGCAAACUCCAACGAGUCCGCAGACGCCCAGGACUUCUAGGUGUUCCACCGGGGUUCAGACCGAAAAGAGAGAAAAUGUUCAAGAAUAUAAUUUUCAGAAUCACGAGUGGGCACACAGAGCCACAUGCAGGAUGGCAGAGUGGGGAUUUCUUUCUUGGUCGAACUUGGUCAGCUGGAGAUAUGACUGUGAUUGAUUUGGCCUUGGAGGUGUUAGAGCCGUUCUUAAUUAGCGAUAUAUCUCCAGCGGAGCGCCAGCUUGACGUUUUUCGGGUUGCAGUUAUUCUCCUGCACGAAAUUUCCCACGCCAUGUGGUCACGAGCUUAUCAAGGGCUUGGUAGGCCAGCCCACUUCCCAGAACCAUAUUUCGAGGAGCAGUGUAUUGCGGAAUUGGGAUUCUCAUUUGAAGAGGCGGUUUUUGGUGGGCGGCCGACUUACCUCACCGCCCUUGGAACUGGGAAAUUUGUGGAUGGAAAUGGACUCUCAUGCGGAGCAGUUUAUUCUAGCGGAUGGUUCAACAGUCUUGCAGCGAAAUAUGUCCAACCUGAAAGACCCGAUUCUUUCCCUGCAAUUACACCGCUUCCGCCCGAUUGGAACGAAAUGAAGUCAUACCCUAUUCCGCUUGAGUAUUUCCAAUCGCUUUCCCAUUCUGACUUCUGGACAGUCCAUGCACGAGCAUAUCAGGACGCAAUCAAGAUGGGCCCGAAACUAUUAGGGACGCGGCUUCUCAUCACAAAUCAAACGCUCGAUAUCAUGACUGUGCAAGACUCGGAGGAUAGGACACAAAUUCCGAUUGAUGUUUCAGCGGCGCCAACUGUCCAGUCAGCGACAGAGUUCGAAAAUAUGAGGAGAGCGAGGGCACGAAAGAUCAUUGAAGCCGGAACGAACAUUCAAGCUAAAGCUAACGCAAGACUGCCUCAACUUCAAGCGACAAUGAAUAGCGACAUCAAUGCGAGGGGAAGGUCAAAUAGCGCGUCGAGUGGGAGUGGGAGGACCGAGGAUAGCAACGCUCCACCAUGCACGCGAUAUGAAGAAAUCAGAAGAUAUUUGUUCGCGAACAGCGGACAAGGAAGGUUAUGUCUUGACACCAUGUAUUUUGAUAUGCCAGAAAAUACUCUACUCAAUCACAUCAUGCUCCUAGGAGGCAUAAGACUGACGGUCCAGGAGUGGAGAGGCUUUCUACGGCUAGCAAGUGAUAGGAACGAGUUUCUUAACUGGGUUCCCACGGGACGUGGAAUUGUCCGAUGGACAGCCCUUCAGGAGAUCUACCCCAACCCUUCCUACGUCUCUCCCUUCUCACAAUUCCAACUAGCCCAAUUCCAAGCAAUGUCAACCCAUAACAACUGGCCAGCGUCUUAUUUUCACGACAUCGACCCUAACAUGUUUCUUGUGGAGGCGAAUAACUAUUUUCAAGAUAUUUUGUCGAACACCAUAUGGGAUGCGAAUGACCUGAGAGCAUAUAUCGAUCAUCAUGAUGCGACUAUGACUCUUUGGUGGUAG